GAAUGUGAAUCAAUGACCAAAACUUUAUUAAUUCUGUCAAUUAAUUCCUAUAGUGACCCCAGAGAGAAAGGAGUGAUCGCCGGCAGCCGGUAGACACUCCACCGUUCUUCUCCCAGCCCAGGAAUAGAAAGGAAGAAACGAAAGUUUGACGACUAACAAGAGGCAGGCAGGAGAGAGAUGGCUGGGCUGUUAGCAUGGGCAGCAGACGUGGUCGGAGGUGGUGGGCAAGGCGGUGAGGAAGACGAUAAUGAUAGAAUUCCAGUUGUUUUCACUCCUGAGCAGGAAAAAUACGCCAGAGAGUUGGUUAACAAGGCGGCUUCCCUCAGCCGCUCGAUCCAAGAUCUCCGGAUGAGACUUCCUCCUCCUGACAUCUCUCAACGUCUCCCCCACCUCCACGCCCACUCCCUCGCUUCAAACGCCGCUCUUGCCCUCCAAUUGAAUUCUCACUCCGCCACCAAGGAGCAGGCCCAAUUACGAGAAGUUACACUGCAAGAAGAAAAUGCUGAAUAUGAAAAGGCUAUAUCAAACUGUGAGAACAGAAUACAGGAAAAGUUGCAGGAAGCUGAUUUGCUGCAAAGAAAAUUAGAGGAAGUGGACAUGACUGAGAAAAACUUGAGGGCUGAGCUGGAAAGUGCACAAGCUGCAAGGGACACAAAACGAUUGGGAGCAUCUAGUGAUUUGAUGGCUGAAUCUGAAACAUCUGCUGAACUUCACACAGAUACAGAACCUUUGGAACUGGACAUAUUAGAGAUUUUGGCUAGCAAGAAGAAAGAACUGGCUUCAAUGGAAGCAAUGGUCCAAGAUUUAGAGGAGAAAUGGGCACAGGUUCAAGAUAAUGCCUUGAAACAACCUUCCCCAGCUCAGAGAGAGAGGAUUUUGGAUAAACAGCUUCACAGCCUUAUUGAGCAACUAGCAGCAAAGCAGACACAAGCAGAGGCUUUGGUUAGUGAAGUUCAUGCGGAAGAGAAGGAGCUAGAAAGAUUAAAUGGGCUGUGGAGAAGGUUUGAAACCAGGAAUAUGGAGGCAAGUGCUGCCAGGAAUCGGUUCGGAAGAAAUGGCUCCAUGAAAGGAUCUGCUUCUUCAGAUUACAUUGUAGACCCUCAUCAGAAGCCCUCUUAUUACCAUGCGGGCAGAACUGAGAACCAGAAGAAGCUAAUGCUACUCAGGUCGACUUUUGUUCUUUACAUAUUAGCCCUGCACAUUUUGGUCUUCAUCAAGAUUUUGUUCUGAAGAUUACCCGAUGCUUUUUACUUUGAAAUUUUAUCAAGAUACUGUUUCCAUGUUGAACUUGAAGCAUUCUUGGUUAUGUAUAGUAUGAUACAUUCUGAUGUGGAUGUAAUAUAAUCUUCUCUUUUCUAA